UUUCCCCCGGUUUCCCUCUUUCAGUUCCAUCGCUGACGGAAAUGACGUAGCCAUAAGACGCGUCGAUCACUUCCUCUUUCACACUGGCAAGAUGGUGAACGUUCCGAAGCAGAGGAGAACGUUCUGCAAAGGGAAGUGCAAGAAGCACACCCUGCACAAGGUGACUCAAUACAAAAAAGGGAAGGACUCUCUUUAUGCACAAGGAAAGAGGCGUUACGAUCGUAAGCAACGAGGAUACGGUGGUCAGACCAAGCCAAUCUUCAGAAAGAAGGCGAAGACCACAAAGAAGAUUGUGCUGCGUAUGGAAUGCACAGAGUGCAAGAACAGGAAGCAGCUUCCCAUCAAGAGAUGCAAACACUUCGAGAUCGGCGGAGACAAAAAGCGCAAGGGACAAAUGAUCCAGUUCUAGAGCUUUACACGAUUAAAUGCCCUUUCGAAAAAAACA